AUGACCACCGACUUCAACUCCGAGAACCUAAACAGGUUCAAUAACAUCAUACAGGCCCUGCCCUUGAGAACAAGACUUACAAUCUCGUCGCUAUGUCUCCUGGAUAACAUCUCCACUCAGCUGCUACGACUAUUGAUCUUUAACGCGAACUCACCUCAUGCCAUCGCCAUCCUUACAGACAAUAAGGCAUCUUCCCCCUAUUCCCAGGGGGAAACAGACACCUUCCAGACCUUGUUGAAGCUAUUCAAGCAAGUCAGGAUGAUCUACAACUCAAGGUAUCCGCUACUGACCGUCCACGAUGUGGCUCCCGGACUGUGGUUCCCCGAUUCAGCUCCACCAUCUUUACUAAGAGGCCAUGAGGCAUACAUCAUUACCGCUAUAAGGAAGGUCAAUCUGCUCACUUUCAUUCUUACCGCUUUGGGUUCGUUCCAUUACGGUUUUGAACUCCUUCAAUCCACUUUCCUCGACAUCUUUUGUCCGAACACACUAUACAACUCUUCCAAUUCGACCACUAUGGGAGAACCAAACGGGAAGUUUUUAAAAUCACAAGCCGUCUUAUAUCUUGACUUAAAGACACAGGCAUUCAUUUCAGCAUUGAAGGACUACGAGGACGAUUCUAACGUGAUCCCUCAGGGAAAGAAGCAAGAACUGUUAAACUUGGUUUUCCCUGCUAAUUUACCUCAUUCUCUUAUCAAGAGAAGAACGGGAGCUCCCGAGGAUACAAUUACGAAUCCAUUGGGUGCCAUGACUCCCUCUGAGAGGGAUUUUGUGGAGAGAUGUGAUCGUCGUAAGGAAAAUUUGAUGCAAGUGACCAAUUUCAAUGAUUUGAUUAUUAAUUACGAUUGGAAUCAUUUCAUUAAGGAAUUAUUGGAUUAUUGUAAUAAGAAUAUGGGAUUGAUCAUUUGGGGGAGAAAGGGACGUGGGAAAUCACCAUUGUUCAGUUUCGAUUAUCAUGAAUUCGAUAACCAAGUCAUGUAUGCCUCAGGGGUACUAGCACCAGAAAAUUCUGCAGAUGAUUCACAUAAUAGUGGGGUGUUGGAUGCUGUUAGAGAGAGUAGUUUCUUUAAUGCAAACGUUAAUGCAGGUAAUAAUAGCAACAACAACAAUGAAAACUCUGCUGAUAAUAAUGAUGACACUGACGCGUUUUCUCCAAAUUUGGAAUCAUCAACACAACCAAAUAAUGAUGCCACUCCAUCUGGUACUGCUCCAGCAACAACAACUUCGACGUCAUCAAUAGAUUCAAGAUUACAACAAUCGGUCAUUCAUGCCGCAGUCGCCAAUUCAGCAAUCAGCAGUAAUAAUGUCAGUGGUAAUGUUCACAAGAAAUUGAAGCCAAAAAGAGUGUGGUCCAAAGAGGAGGAAGCCACUUUAUUGGAAGGUUUACAGGAAGUGGGCCCCUCAUGGUCCAAAAUUUUGGAUUUAUAUGGACCAGGUGGGAAAGUUAAUGAAGGUUUGAAAAAUAGAACACAAGUGCAACUAAAGGAUAAGGCACGUAAUUGGAAACUACAAUAUUUGAAAAAUAACAAACCAUUACCUGACUACUUAGAAAAAGUCACAGGGAACAUUGACAAAGUUUACAAAUCUAAGAAGAAAGCUAGAAUAAUGCAACAACAGGUACAGUCUCAACAUGAUACCGACAAGGCAAAUGAUUCUCAACAAUUGCAGUCAUCCAUCGAUCCUGCAGUGGCCACACCAAGUGAUAAUCUAACUUCGAACGGUUUGUUUGGUCCCGCUGCUGAGGAGACUACUGGUUAUGAUCCAAAUCUAGAGGCAAACAUGUGA